AUAUGAUAUAGUAUCGUUAAUGUAAUCGAUAAGAACUGUCAUCAAAUAUCAAAACGGUAAUAUAAGGCAGCGUGCAAUUUUAACGUUAGUUAUCUCUAUCUAACUUAUACAAAUUACAUAUUUUUCAUUUCAUUGAUAACUGGUAGUUAAUCUAAAAUUUGUAUAAUUUUUCUUUAAAAAUGUAUAUGAAAACGUAAGUUUUAUUCAUAUAAACUGUACAAAAAAAUCAUUACAAAAUAAUUUGUACUUUUCAUUCGAAUCCCCAAAAAUGUAAAUCUAUAAAAUUUAAUUUUAAAUUAUUUAUAUAGAACUUCUCUGAAAACUUAAAAAUUGUUUAUGUGGACCACUCUGGUCUAGUAAAAGAUGUUAAAUAAAAAGUUAUCUGUAACAUGGAACCAGGCUUUAUGUACAAUGUCAAAUGACUGUGUGUCAAACACAAAUAUUACAUAUCACGAAAAGAGUACACAGUUGACAUGCGUAGUCGUUGGCCAAUCAGAAGAAAGAAUUUGACGCGUACCAUGCGUACAAGCAUACGUACGCGAACGGCAGUUGGAGUGGUUGGAAGUUAACGAGUAGAGCGCAAUACACGUCAGGGCUCUUAUUUUGAUUCGUGGAGGGGGCUCACCUCGAAGAAACGGGUGGCUGAGUCCGAAGGAUUUGCCAGGAAAAGAAGUGAAGGAUUAUAGGUUUGAUAAUAAUAAGAUUAAACAUGAUACAUGCUGAAAAUGGGGAUGUUAUAUAUUUGGAACAGUUAAAAAAUCCAAUGGAGAGCGACGCGACAGAGAAGGCAGUGUCAAAAAAGUGCGAGGAGCAGCUGUCUUCGAUAAAUGCAAACAGCUGUUCGUCCUACAAUGAUGCAAAUCGUUCGAUAGAAAUGGCGCAAGAGGACAAUAAUCUGUGCUGGAAUAACCUUCCCAGCAUCAUUCUACAGGAAAUAUUCUCAUAUUUACCAUACAACUGCCGGUUACGAGCCUCCCAGGUGUGCAAAAAUUGGAGAUACGCUCUAUUUCAUCCUCAUUUUUGGAAAAAGAUCACAUUUGUCUUGAAAGAUGAAGACAGUGUAUCAUGGACUAAAUGCCUGGCAAGCAAUUUCGAACUUAGUGUGCAAGAAGUUACAAUCAUCUGUGAUAUAUCAAAUUAUUGUGCAAAAGAAACGUUAGCCCUCUUGAAAAAGCUAAGAUAUAAUAGGCAACUUCGUAAAUUGUUUUUGGAACCUGUCAAUAGUACAUUCGAAUAUGAAGAUGGUACAAAAUGCACUAAAGCAUUGGUUUCUUCUCUUAUAAGCAUUAUAAAGAAAUCCAAUCGUUUAGAAGCUCUAAGUCUGGGAUGCAUAGAAGAUUUAAUAGGAAGUGCCAGACAAAUUGUGAUACAUCUGCGUAACUACCAGGCAAAGCACUUGACAACUCUUGCUUUGGCAUCUGUUAAGGAUGAUCCUGAUGAUUUUAACGUUUUCAAUGCUGGUUAUGGACAUCUGUUUGAUUCAUUUGCUAGAUUGUCUAUUUUAACAUUGGAUUAUGAGUUCCUAACCAAUUCUUUGCUAAAGGCAUUGGACAGUGGUACGAUGGAAAGGCUUGUAAUUCAUGUGCAUGGUUGGCAUUAUCAGUUUUCGGAAACAACUGAUGGUAGUUGGCAAAGUUUUGUUCAAAAGAAUCCGAAAUGCGAGCUGCGACUAAAUCUUCUACAUUCUUAUGUUGGUAUUGAAAAAUUAGAUACAAAUAUACUUCGUCCUUCCAUGCCACUUACACAUUUAAAAGUACUAUUUUGUGAGAAGUUUAAUAUUAGAGUAUUGCAUCGAUUAUCCAGGUGGUAUUCGCUUACUUUAAAAUCUUUAAUAUGGAUCGAUUCAGUACAACCUUCAGCAAAAAACAUACCAGCAACAUAUGACCCAAAUGAUCCUCAUAGCCCUGAUCCACUAGUAUUAGUUGCAUGGAAGUGUACCAAACUUGUGGAAAUUGUAUUCAUAGGCCACAGAUAUCAUCAAGAAAAUUUGUUGGCUAUUGCACGCCUACGCGGAAAUACGCUUAAGUCGUUAGUAUUUGCACAGAGAUUCAUUGCAACUGAUGUUGAAUCUUGGCAUAAGUCUGAAACUAUUACACAUGAAAUAAAAGAAAUAAUGGGGAACCAGUGGAAACCAUUGAGCGAUGAAGAUUUACCUGCAGUUGUUAAAAAUCCUUUCGAAGGUGAUAGCAGGGAAGUUAUCAUGCCUUUGGUCCUCCAAGACCAAAAGUAAAUUUUUAUUUGCACCAAGGAAAUAUUACUCCCCGAUACCAUACAUUACUAAUCGACAUCAUCAACAAUUUCUGGGCGGGCUACACUCUCAGAAGUAAAGUUAUAAAGUUAUAUCCUUUAUUUUUCUAUAAGAAUUGUUUUUACGAGAACUAUGGAUGUAACAUCAAACGGUGGACAUGUGUAAAUUCGUAGUUUAAAAUCAGUAGUUGAUGGAUAUGUUGCCUAUCAGGUAAGGAUCACACAGUUCCAGUGUGUAAACAGCGAGGGUAAAGCGCACACAAGUUCUCCUUUAUAAUGAUUUUAUUAGUUCUUAUGAGGAUAUGAUAAGCUAUAGUUAAAAUAUGUCUUUCUUGAGUCCGCGAUGAGGUACCUAAAUUAAGUACGUAUCACCCCCUAUUUUUGUUUAUCGAAACGAAUAUCAAAGUAUUUCGUUGGUUUUUCCUACGAAAAAUCAUUUGUGGUGCAAUAACGUUUUAUUGCUAACAGUGGUGAUCCCAAAACGAUCAAAAUAAGAGAGAUAAUAACAAUUAGUGAUCGUUCCUCUCAUCGAUGAAUAUUAGUGAGAAAAAAAGCAUAUGUAAUAUACGAGUGUAAUAAUAUCCUUGAUAGAUAUUAAGAAUGAAAGCAUUACAAGACGAUCAAGGUCUCACCUAAACGGACCUUCGAUGUGACGUAUACCUGUUGAUAUCACGGGAAAAUAAUUUCGAAUGUGUGUGAAAGGGAAUACUACCAAUUAAAAUCAACGCGAAACAAGAAGAACAAGACUAGAUGAGAGAAAGAACCGAUCUCACGAUGUUCCACUGGAAAGCGUAACGAAAUUCCAAAUGUAUGUAAGUAGAAAUAUGUUAACAAAUAUUUUUCCAAUUCUAUGGGAAAUUUAGAUCGAAGCGAGCGCCAAGAGCAUGCAGUGUAAGAAAAAGUAACUAAACGAAAAAAAAAUAAAAUAUGUUGGACUUCGUAAAAAGAGAGUUUGCGAUUGAGUUGCGAUAAAACAAAAGAUGCACUCAGAAAUAUAAGAAGUCGAACAGCGAUCCGAGGUUAUUUUUAAUACCAAAACCAAUCGGACGCUCUUGUACAAAUAUUAAAUGAAUGUGUGCCGAGAAGAGUGCGGUUGAUUUGGUGGUACAGACAGUUAGACACACAGCAAACACACAACUUUUGCGUGUCGCUUUAGUAAAAAGAAAGAAAGAAAGAGAAUAUCGAUGAUAUUAAUGAAGAACUGUGCGACCUCCAAGUACCGUCUUUUCACCGUGCUCUUAGCGACCGCUGAAAACGAACACAAUUAUAGGUUUAUCUAUAAAAAAACAAAUCAGAGGAAUUAGCUGCUAAUUGUGUAUGUGUAUAUGUAUGUAUAUCUGUAUUAUCUAUCGAACUUUAAACGUUAAUAUUCAGAUGCCACAUGCAUCUAUUUCUGUCGUGCGAUUAAUAAUGACGAUUUCGAAGAUUUAAAAGAAACAUGAAAAUGAAAGAAAACGAUUUACAAACACAAAGAACAAUACCAAAACAGCACUCUUAUACAGUUUAUUAUUCUGAAAGGUUAUUUACUUUUUUCGAGUCCUUGUAUAAUUAUUAUAUCGUCGUGUACUUGUAGUCACGUGUACUAUUGCUUUUUAUAUGUGGUUCUGUACAUAUACAUCCAUGCGUUUAAAAUAUUGGACACGCGCAGAAAUCGCGGAGUUGCGCCCGAAUUUAAUGCAAGGAAAAAAAAGGAAAGAAAGAAAGGAGAGUGAGAUAAAGGGAAAAGCAAUAUAUAGCGGAUUAUCUGAGAGAAAGAAAAAAGGACAAAAAUGAAUCGAUUGAGAGCUAGGCACAAAUAAUGAAAAAACUAUUACUUUAAACAAUUUAAAACUGUUAUACAAAAUGAAUGGGCCUUAACCCUCGAACUCGCGAACGGCGGUAGCUAGAUAAAUUCUGAUCCAUGCAAUUCAGUUUCAUUAUUAUUAUUGUUAUUGUUGUUGUUGUUGUUCUUAUUAUUGUUAUUAUUAUUAUUAUUUUCUAUACAAACAAAACAGCUAGAUCUUACCAUUUGUGUUUCCAAAUUAAAAGAAAACUCAAGAAAUGAUCGACUAUAAUAAUAAAGAUAAUAAUUAUGAUAGAAUUAUAGUAAAUUAUAACUAAAGAAAAUAGAUUAUAAAAGUAUCUUAUAGCACGCCAUCUCACUACGAAGCAAAUGGAGUUAACGUAAAGUCAAGUUAACGAGUAUAUGUAUGUUUGUUUACUCUUUUCUCCAUUUUGUUUUGUCAUUAUAAAGUAAAUAUUUGAUGCUCGAGUCAGAAAUGAUCCAGCAACCGCCAAGCGAGGGUUAACAUGUAUCGCAUGUACCUGAGUCGCGGUAAGGAUAAAUCUGCCGAAAAAAAUUUGAUACGCGACAGCCACCACUGAAGAAUACUAAUCAUAGUCACCUUAAUGGACAUUUUUCGGCGAUUUGCUGCAACACCUGCUUGUUUCUCGCCAAAAAAUGACUGACAAGUUAAGGUAUAACUCAUGCCCUUUCAUUUCGUAUUCCGUGUGCGUGUAUUUUUUGAGAUCAGCAAAUUUUUACAAAACGGUGAAUCGACGGUUAUUCAUUAUUUAUAUAUAGAAAAAACAUUCUCGCGAACUCAUUAUUGUUCGCCGACCAUUGACGUUGUGCGGACGGGCCAGAUGUUAUUUACGAAGUCUUUUUUCUCUUUUCUUUUUUUAUUCCUCGUAUAUAUUUUUGUCGUUUUUAUUACUAUUACUAUUAUUAUUAUUAAUAUUAUUUUCUUUUUGUUUUUUAAUCAAACGAAGUCCCGCAUAAACAGUAUACUCGCGGGCGCGGUGCCCGACGUGUGAGUCGAGAGAGAGAGAGAGAGAGAGAGAGAGAGCGAGAGAGCGAGCGAGAGAGAGAGAGAGAGAGAACAGUGUGAAAGAACAUAUGACGUUGCGAAAAUAAUGAUAACGUAUGAAAGGGAAUGAAAUUUAAAUGAGAGAAGAUGAGAUAUGCGUUCGGAUGUAAGAACGAAAGUUAUCCAAAUGAGUAAAAAUAGCAAGCAAACAAACAAAUGUCAGGUGACACGUAGUACCAUCUCUGCGAAUCCUGUGUACAAAGUCAUAUAGAAGAAGAAGACAAUUCGGUAUUCGUGCGGUCGCUUAACCAAAUGGACACAACCCAACUAUACGCAUAUAUAUCGAUAUAAACGCGAAUGACAAACCAAGCAUAAGACUGAACCUACUGGGAAAGGUAUAACCACAGUUAGGCGGUCCGCACGUCUAGCCAACGUCCGACCUCAUAUUCAUAAAACAAGGACGAUCCCGACUAAACGGAAAGCAUCGUUCGCGAAUCGCGUCGGAACGAAUUUGUUCACAUCGAUUUUACCUAUUGUCGAUAACGCUUGUCUCGAUGAUUGUUGCUCGUCUUUCCUUUCUUAGGUCUCUUAGCUUUCCGUCUUAGCUCGUGGCCCUCGUCGAUUCGCCCCCUGAUUGACCCACGCGGACAUCAAUUUAUGAAUAUGCGAGUCGUUAAAAAAAAUAAUUAAAAUGUAAAAAAAAGAAACAAAGGGGUGGUGCAUCAGCUAGUGUUUAGAUCGGAUAAGCGUCUCAUUGAAGAGAAAGAGAGAGAAAGAAAUAACGAAAGCUCACUCGAGGAUGGUUCUCGUAGCCGAUAAAUACUAACCUAUAAGACAGCCUGCCAAGAAUCAAAAUACUGUAAAAUAUCAAACGAACGCUAGCCAGUACAGAAUGCUAAGAUCUAUUUUUUAAGAAGCGAAUGUAUAUUUUUGUACUAAGGCAGGCCUUAGUGUGAAUCGUGUAUUCUUGCGCGUAAUGGCAAGACGAGAGCUGUGAUCAUAAUAUCAUUUCGGCUUAGCGAGAGAACAUAUAAAGACAAAAAAAUUGAAGGGGAAAAUAAAAGAGGAAUACGAGAAGAAAAUAAUAGAAGUAACGCGGCGAUUACGCGUUCGCGGAAAAGCAUAAAGAGAGAGAUAACGAGGCGAAUGUUCUCCUGCUAGCGUUAUUACCGAGUGGGCUAUAGAUACAAAAGGGGUGGCGAUAAAUCGAGAACAAAACAUCUGUGAUAAAACAUAAAAUCUUAGAAAGGGUGCUCGAGAGAAAGAGAGAGAGAGAGAGAGAGAGAGAAAAGGUGGCGAAAGAGAGGAAGUGAGAAAAAACAAGCGCGCGUUAAAUGAUAUAAUAAGAAAACCUAAAGUAGGAAGAAACGUUAAAACAAAAAGCAACACAAUAGGGAGGAAUAAUAUAGGUAAAAGACGGAACCCUACGUGUAUUAGGGAAAUGAUACGCAAGACAUGCAAUUCCUACAAAAGAAAAACAAAAUGUGUAUAGAAGUGCUUUUAGAAGAUCUAUUGUGCGAAAAUAAUAAUAUUCGUCGUGCGUAUGACUAAUCGACAGAUGGAGACUGUCUUUCGACGAGAUAGCCCGGUCUAACUAUUGUAGUGGUUACCGUCUUGUAUCCUUGUUUAAGGAGCGAGCGCAUUCGAUCGUCAUGUGGGCUUCGAUGAACGCUCGCGUUAUUAUCUCAACGAGAAACAUUCGACCGAUGGGGAUAACUAAUGAAGGGUUCUUGAUGUUUGCGAUUCUUCGAGUAAUAAGGAAAGCCAUACCAUACUAAACUAUAUAGAACGUUACUUAAGCGAACCAGACAUUCCACGCUACUGUCGGUUAUAUAGUAUCGCAACGCUGUAGUAUAUAUACAUAUAUAUACAUAUGUAUAGUUAAUUUAGUACUAUGAUUAAUUUCAAGCAAAGAAUAGUCGUUGUUGCGUUGAUUCUGUAAAAAGAUCUAAUGAUCUAUCCGCAAUCGACGUACACAUAUAUAUGUGUAUUUCCAUCAAUUGUAUUCGAAGCUACGCAAAGAUCAUGGAACUAUACUAAGAACUAAAAAAACCCGCCUUCAUCAUGCCCACAUGAUAACUCGGCAUAAAGUCAGGACGUCGUACACCACGAGUAGUAUUAUAAGUUCCUAAAGAAAAGAAAAAAAAAUAUUUUACACUGCUUAAGUACGAUAGAACGAAGCCGGCAUUACGAAUAACUCAUCUCACACGAACAAGGUGUUCAAGGCAUUCGGUUCGAUGUAUGUAGUUUGUUAGAUGAUUCGUUCUGUUUUAUGGGAUUGUAAAACGCUUUUCAAACACAGCACCAGUAACGUUUUUCUUU